UCUAACAUUCGGUGGCUACAGAAUCGUUAAGCAGUGGUCGAUGAAGGGUCAAGUCAAUACCCUAUCUUUCAAAGAUGUGAUGGAAAAAACGCCGGCCUCCGAUUUGUUGGGUGAAGCCACUAACUUCAUCAAACAACUAGAGGAAAAUGUUAAUGAGCUGAAAGCAAGAAAGGAUAGUCUACAAUUACCCGUCCUAAUAAUAGGCGUGAAUGAAAGUGAGAGAGGUGAAAGUUUGGAGAUAAAUAUAGUGUGUGGGUCGGAGAACAAGAAGCUGAAGAUGCACAAAGUCUUUUGUAUUCUCAAAGAAGAAGGCGCUGAAAUUGUGAGUGCUUACAACUCCACUGUGGGUCUCAAAAUUUACCAUACAAUUCUUUGCAAGGCAUUUUCACCUAGACUUGGAAUGGAUACCAAUAGAGUUCAACAAGCUUGAAGAACUUUAUUUCUAGCA